UUCAGGCGACUCUCCUACCUACGUGUUCAUCUAGCAAGGAUCGACGUUGAGACAACAGGAACCAGAGAGAAAGAGGGGCUUUGGUCCAACAAAAAAACAGGAGAGAUUGCCUAGCCUUCUAAUUUCUCCCCUCUCCAACAGCCCAAGAACAAUGUCGAUGAGCCCUAGGCAUACGACUCCUUUUUCUGUUUCCGAUAUCUUGAGUCCUCUUGAGGAGAGCUACAAGAAAGUAAGUAUGGAGAAUAACAACUUGGGGUCACCUCUCGCGUCGUACCGGCAGCCGCAGGUGUCUCAGGCGAUGAUGCAGCAGCACCACAUGGGCCAUAACGGGACGGUGUCCGCGGCAUACCAUAUGACUGCGACGGGGGUGUCCCAGCUGUCACACACCGCAAUGGGGGGCUACUGUAACGGCAACCUGGGGAACAUGAGCGACCUGACGCCCUACCAGGACGGCAUGAGAGGCAGCGCCACGGCCGCUGGCUGGUACGGAGCCAACACAGACCCGCGAUUCUCCACGAUCUCGCGCUUCAUGGGCUCUUCUUCGGGCAUGAACAUGGGCAGUAUGGGCAGCCUUGGCUCGCUAGUAGACGUGGGGAAAGGCAUGGGCCCGCUCUCGAGCACCCCGAGAAGGAAGAGGCGCGUGCUGUUCUCUCAGGCUCAGGUCUACGAGCUCGAGCGGCGAUUCAAACAACAGAAGUACCUAUCGGCGCCUGAGAGAGAACACCUGGCGAGCAUGAUCCACCUCACCCCGACCCAGGUCAAAAUCUGGUUUCAGAACCACCGAUAUAAAAUGAAGAGGCAAGCGAAGGACAAAGUGUCACAGCAGCAGAUGCAACAGGACAGUAGUUCCUGUCAGCAGCAUUCCCCUCGGCGGGUGGCUGUGCCUGUGUUAGUGAAAGACGGCAAGCCAUGCCAAGGCAGUGCCCACACUCCCACCACUACUGUCCAGGCCCACCACCAACAAGGUGCCAAUGUUAUGAUCAUGUCCAGUAACGGUUCAGGCCUAGGUCAGCACCAGAGCCAACAUGUGGGUAGUGCAGAUCACUCUCCAGACCUAGCACAACACUCCGCCAGCCCACCGUCUCUCCAGACCCAGGUAGCCGGCCUCUCUCACCUGAACUCCUCCAGCGCCGAGUACGGGACGGCCCUGCAGUGCUCUGCUCUGUUAUAUGGCAGGACAUGGUGAUCUGUUAUGCCGCAGGACAUGGUGAUCUGUUAUGCCGCAGGACAUGGUGAUCUGUUAUGCCGCACGACAUGAUGAUCUGUUAUACGGCAGGACAUGGUGAUCUGUUAUAUGGCAGGACAUGGUGACAGCCAGACAAACUAUGAUCACAAACACACAUACAACACUGCUCUCAAAGCUUUUUCAGCAAAGUCACUCAACAGACAGGCAAACAAACAAACAAAUUGUACUUUGUGUACAUUUUGAACAACACCAUUUGGUGAAUUUUAGUUCAUGCUCUUCUAAAAUGUAAUUGGAUAUGAGGACAGUAAGUGGAGACGAAAGAAACUCGACAGAUGAAGUUAUGAGGAUAUGCGAGUUCAAUCUUCGCUUUGAAGGUGGAUUUCUUAUCUCUGUAAAUUAUACUGAAGCUAUACAGGGCUAGUCCUACAUCAAGAGGUCAUAGGCCCUACUCCUGUGUGUUGGUCAUUGGGCUAAAGAUCUCAAUAGAAAAACUGUGGGUGCUUUUCAAUUUUUUUCACAGAAGGCUCUGGUUUAUUAUAGAAUUUAAUGUAAAACGUAGCUUGUAUAUUUCUGUAAAAGGUUUGAAUUGAAUAUAUAGUUUUUAGCAAUCUGUUGUACAACAUUUUUAGCGCUAUUAAUGGUUUGUGGUUGGUUCUUUGAGUUCCAUCGGUAUUUGUACGUUUUAUUUACUUGUAACUUAUAUAGAUAGAUA